UAUAUCCAAUUUAAAAUAAAAAUGAAAACUUGUAUUAUAAAGAGAACGAGGCAUACAAAUUUAUUUAUUUCUAAAUAUAUUUUAGAACUAUCAAAAGUAUUAAAACUCAAAAGUAUCUAAAUAUUCAAAAAAUUUAUAUGCUUCCUUCUCAACAAAUACAAUUAUCAUAACAGCGAGCAAUAUUCAAAUAUUAAUAUUUGUUUCUUUAUCCGUACAUAUAUGUAUAUUUCGUGUGCACGUGUAUAUAUUGUAGAAUUAAUUAACUAUUAUGAUUUGUAACAAAAUAGAACAAAUGUAUGAGACAAUCUUCGCUAUUAGCUAAUGCCAAAGUUAAUUGUAAAUUUAUGUAUAUUAAUUACUGUUCACCAAAUGGUUGAAUUUUUAAAUGAUUAAUACAGCUUAUUAUAUUUUGAGAAUGACAAAUACUAUUUGUAUAUAUGUAAAUAAAUUGUUACAGUAUCUAUUAUACAAAAUAUGUUAUGUCCCAUUAAGUUAUAUCAAAAUGAAAUCCAUAUUUAAAAAUAUAAAAGAAAUAUGUAUUUCUUCUUACUGCAGUUCUAUUGAAACGGAACACGUGGUGACAUGUGUACAUAAGAGAUCGUAUUGAUGAUGAUAAUAGAACAUCUAAUAUGUAAAUGAAACAGUUGGAAGAUGCUGAAAAUAACUUGAUGUGUUCUUUGGACGUAUGGAAAGUAUGUGUUACCAUCGUAUUGCGUUAAUUGUUAGCAUCGUGCUUUAAGUUGCAAAAAUAUAGUGAGAAAAAAUGAAUCAGUAUCAAGUAACUAAUAUGAUCUAUAUUGUAAAAUGCGUAAUAUUGGCGACAACUGUUCCACUUGUUGCUGGACACUUUGGAUACCGUAAACGUGAUCAGCACACUUGGGUUCAAAACUUCAAAUUAUGUGAUGGAAAAUUGCAGUCCCCGAUAUCCAUAUCGUCGUUCAAAUCGAUAACUCUUCCAUUGCCUGCGCUUGAGAUAAUUGGCUAUCAUGAUUUUUUGUCCAGUCCAUUAUAUCUAAAAAACAACGGUCAUUCAGUUGUAGUAAAUGUAAAUAAUCAUUUAGGAAAAAGAUUGCCUUAUAUAUUUGGAGGCUCGCUUGACAUAAAUCAAGAAUAUGAAGUAGAUCAUUUGCACUUUCAUUGGGGUGCAAAAAACAACAGGGGAUCUGAACAUAUGUUGAAUGGUAUUAGGUAUCCUAUGGAAAUGCAUAUAGUUCACAGAAAUAGGAUUUAUUCAAGUUUGUCCAAUGCAUUAAAUUACAAAAAUGGUCUUGUAGUUUUAGGAAUCUUUUUUCAAUUACAGGAAGAAGAUAACAAAUCAUUAUAUUCUAUCGUAAAUCACUUGACAAGCGUGCGAUGGAUAAAUAAUGAAACAAAAUUAAACACAUCUAUAACACUAGGUUCGUUGCUACCCAAAAAUACAGAUGUAUUUUAUAGCUAUAAGGGUUCCUUAACUACACCUCCAUGUAAUGAAGUAGUUACAUGGAUAAUUUUUUCAAUGCCUGUACCAAUAUCUUUCUCACAGUUAAAUAAAUUUAGAUUACUUUCCAAUGGAAAUAACUUGAUAGCUGAUAAUUACAGAAAAUUACAAAAUAUCGGACUGAGAAAAGUGUACAUUAGGAAAUUAAAUCCACAUUUAUUUGUGAAAUAUAACGAAAUGACUUUUAACGUUGCAGAUUUGGACUGGUUUUGGCACUAAAUAAAUUUCCAGAUUAAACUAUUUUCAGUUUUUAAAACAAAAUAAUUGUUUAAACAAAAUAAAGUGUGAUAUAUUCUUUUGUUACAAUUAAAAUGAAAGAUAAAGUAUCUUUCAAAUUAACCGUA